AUGAAAAACCGGUUCACCACGGUGGAUAUCAGGGCUGUAAUCGCCGAAAUAAACGCGAAUUACAUUGGUAUGAGAGUAUACAACGUGUAUGACAUCGACAACAAGACCUAUCUUAUCCGACUACAAAAGCCAGACUUUAAGGCCGUUCUGCUGGUGGAAUCCGGGACGCGGAUCCACUCCACGGACUUCGAAUGGCCCAAGAACAUGAUGCCUUCAGGGUUUGCCAUGAAAUGCCGGAAACACUUAAAGUCACGGCGGCUGACCCAGGUGAAGCAGCUGGGCAUGGACCGAAUCAUAGACAUCCAGUUUGGGUCAGACGAAGCGGCUUACCACCUCAUCAUAGAGCUCUAUGACAGGGGUAACAUCAUCCUGGCGGACUUCGAGUACACCAUCCUGAACCUGCUGCGCUUCAGGACGGCGGAGGCAGCGGAGGCCGAGGCCGAGGACGUGAAGAUCGCAGUGAGAGAGCGUUACCCUGUGGAGAGCGCCCGCCCUCCAGAGCCCCUGCUCAGCCUGCCGCGACUGACAGAAAUCCUGAGCCAAGCACCAAACGGGGAGCAGGUGAAGAGAGUGCUGAACCCACAUCUGCCCUAUGGAGCCACUCUGAUAGAGCACUGUCUCAUUGAAGCUGGACUUCCCGGCUCUGCUAAAGUCGACAUCACAGAGGCUGCCCAAGUGGCACCGACGAUCCUCAAAGCUCUGGAGAUGGCGGAGGUCUACAUGGAGAAGACGGCUCACUUCGACGGCAAAGGUUACAUCAUCCAGAAGACGGAGAAGAAACCAAGCCUGACCCCAGGGAAAGCCGCCGAAGAGCUGCUCACAUAUGACGAGUUCCAUCCGUUCCUGUUCAGCCAGCACGCCAACAGCCCGCACCUGGAGUUUGACUCUUUUGACAAGGCGGUGGACGAGUUCUUCUCUAAGAUGGAGAGCCAGCGGAUAGACAUGAAGGCCCUGCAGCAGGAGAAGCAGGCCUUCAAGAAGCUGGAGAACGUCAAGAAGGACCACGAGCAGAGGCUGGUGGCUCUGCACCAGGCCCAGGAGGUGGACCGGGUGAAGGGCGAGCUGGUGGAGAUGAACCUGAACGUGGUGGAUCGCGCGCUGCAGGUGGUCCGCAGCGCUCUGGCCAAUCAGGUGGACUGGAACGAGAUCGGCCUCAUCGUGAAGGAGGCGCAGGAGGCUGGAGACCCCGUGGCCUGUGCCAUCAAAGAGCUCAAACUGCAGACCAACCACAUCACCAUGCUGCUCAGAAACCCGUACAUAACCGAGGAGGAUGAAGAGGAGGAGGAGGAGAUUGUGGAGGAGAAAGGGAAGAAAGGCAAAAACAAGAAUCAGAAAAAGCCUCAGAAGAACAAACCAGUGCUGGUGAACGUGGACAUCGGGCUCUCAGCCUACGCCAACGCCAAAAAGUACUACGACUGCAAACGGACGGCCCAAAAGAAGGAGAAGAAAACCAUGGAGGCUGCGGAUAAGGCCUUUAAGUCUGCAGAGAAGAAAACCCACCAGACGCUAAAGGAAGUCCAGACUGUGACCACCAUUCAGAAGGCCCGCAAGGUGUACUGGUUUGAGAAGUUCCUGUGGUUCAUCACCUCCGAGAACUACCUGGUGAUCGCGGGACGGGACCAGCAGCAGAACGAGAUGAUCGUCAAGCGCUACCUCCGAGCAGGGGACAUCUACGUGCACGCAGACCUCCACGGAGCCACGAGCUGCGUCAUAAAGAACCCCACAGGCGAGCCCGUGCCUCCACGCACCCUGACGGAGGCAGGGACCAUGUCCGUGUGCUACAGCGCCGCCUGGGACGCCAAGAUCAUCACCAGCGCCUGGUGGGUCCACCACCACCAGGUGUCCAAGACGGCGCCCACCGGAGAGUACCUGACCACUGGGAGCUUCAUGAUCAGAGGAAAGAAAAACUUCCUCCCUCCAUCCUACCUGAUCAUGGGCUUCGCUUUCCUCUUCAAGGUGGACGAUGAGAGCGUGUCCCGGCACAGAGGGGAGCGGAAGGUGAAGACGCUGGAGGAGGACGUGGAGGAGGUGUCGUCCAGGACCGAGGAGCUUCUGGAGGAGGUGGAGGAAGAGCUGGACGGUGGAGACAGCAGCAGUGGGGAGCAGGACAAUAAGAUGGCAACGGAGGUCAAGACGGAGCCAGAGGACGGCCCCAGAAGAGGAGAGCCAGCGGAGGAGGAAGAGGACGAGGAAGAUGAUGAUGAUGAUGAUGAUGAUGAUGAUGAGGGGAAGGAGGAGGAGGAGAAGGAGGAGGAGGAGAAGGAGGAGGAGAAGGAGGAGGAGAAACGUGACCAGUCCAGGACAGAGGAGGAGAUCAGCUUUCCAGAUACCACUAUCCCCCUCACACAUCUGCAGCCCAACAGGAAUGUGCCAAACCCGAGCUUUAAGACUGAAGCUGUGCCUAAGGUUGAAAUGGACUCACAAGGAAGAAAACACAUGACUGCCAAACAGAGGAGGGAGGAAAAGAAGAAAAAGCAGAAGCAGGAGGGAGAAGGAGACACAUGCGAGCUGCAGGAGUCCAGGGAGGGAGCAGUCGGAGAGCGGAGCGUGGAGCAGAGGAACCAUGGGGGAGGAGGAGGCGGAGGUGGAAGUGGAGGAGGAGGCGUAGGAGGCCAGUCACAGCAGCAGCAACUCAAGAGGGGACAGAAGAACAAACUGAAGAAAAUCAAAGAGAAGUACAAGGACCAAGACGAGGAGGACCGCGAGCUCCGGAUGCAGCUGCUGGGGUCUGCCGGGAGCAAGGAGGAGAAGGACAAGGGGAAAAAAGGCAAGAAGAAGGAGGAGCUGGUGAAGAAAACGGGACCUCCUAAGCAGCAGCAGAAGCAGCAGCAGAAACAGCCUCCUAAAGCCAGAGCUGCAGAGACUACGCUAAAGGCCGAGUCCAUAACAGAGCCAGGAGACGGAGUGGACAGGGCGGGGGGGCAGGAGGGAGGGGAGCAGGACGACAAGGAGGAGGAUGUGGACCAGGACAACCCCGGAGCAGAGGAAGCAGAGACCCUGCUCAGUUCUCUGACAGGACAACCCCAUCCUGAAGACGUGCUGCUGUUUGCCGUGCCGGUGUGCGCCCCCUACACCGCGCUCACCAGCUACAAACACCGAGUGAAGCUGACCCCAGGGGCCCAGAAGAAAGGCAAAGCUGCUCGCACGGCCGUGUUGAACUUCAUGAAGUCCAAAGAUGCGUCUCCCAGAGAAAAGGACCUUUUCCGCAGCGUGAAGGACGCCGACCUGUCCAGAAACAUGCCCGGGAAAGUUAAAGUGUCAGCUCCAAACCUCCUCGCUGCCAAGAAGAAAUGA